CCCUACUUUCACAACAGAGUCAGUGUAUGACCUUCUUGCCAGUGAGCUGAAGUUGCCUCCCUCCACUCAGCAGAGUCCAGAAGUCAUGAGUCAAAAGAGCGACGGAGAGGCAGGCCCUCUCCCUUCAGCUCCUCUAGCAUCAGGUAGGAUCCUGCUUCUCGUUUCCUUAUUUCUCCUCUCCAAGCAGGACUGAUCUUGCCCCACCUCCCCAAAAAAAACACACAAAAAAAAAAACACAAAACACUACUAAUGUAGUAGUCUGUACCUGUAGGCGAACACAAACAUCUGCAUGCAAGAGGAAAGCCUGUCAAACAGCCAGCCUGCUGCUCUUUGAUCUUUCACAUGUGAGAAAAAACACAAGGCUGGAGAAAGAAUUUAAUGUUUCUGGAAUUGGGUCAGCUGAACAUGCUUGCUUGUCUGUACCUGCUUGUUGGGAUAUCAUUUUGUUGCUGUAUCCUGCUGCACCAACAGAUCUAAUGUGCAGCAUGUUCAGCACAUAGCCCAUAAUUAUCAUCUUUAUUAUUAAUGCGUCAAAGAUGAAAUUAGGGCAUGACUGAAUGCUAUGAUAAAGUUAGAGAAGCUGGGAAAGAUGCUUUUGCCUACAAGUUUUUGUUAAAGUGACUUUGGCGGAAAUGGAGCUGUUGUCUCACAGAGGUAAAUCUUAUUAGCUGGUAAAUAUAGAUGUCCAGAAACAAGACUCUGUGGAUAAUUAGCCUUUCCACUGCUCCACACGACAACAAAAGGCUCCAAUUUAAUUAAAUAAUCAUAAUCAUGUUUGCAGUCUUGGUGGGUGGAGAAAGGGCAGAGACCUUGUUUCUGUGCGUUCUCAGGUUGAUGGAUAUGUGAGGAUUAACAGAAAUGAGAACACUCAACUUCAAAGCAUAUAUCAAAAUUGACCAAAAUCAGAAAAUUGUGCAAUCUGUUGACAUUUUGAGUUUGAGAAUUUUUUUUUUCUUAUGCUGUGGUGUUUUGAUAUUCUCUGGAAAGUUAGAAUUUGUCUGGCCAUGGGUAAAUACUCUGAGACAAAUUGUAAACAAUCAAUUGCAACCACAGAAUUUUAAGACCUUUUGUCAUCAAAUGUUUGUUUUUGUCAUUAAAACUUCUGGCAUGCAAUAAAUCCCACCUUUCCUUUACCUCUUCCUGCUGGCAGUGCAUGAAGACGAACAUAUUUUUUGCUAAAUAUAUUAUUUGCUCCCAUUUUUCUAUGUACAUCAGUUAUUUAAUGACUCUCUUAGUAUUUGUUACACAUUUUAAGGUUUCUUUUUGUACAUUAUUAAUAGCUUUCAAACUUGCCCAGACUGAGCAAGAGCUGGGCAAGUGCUUAUGUUUGGACUUUUUUCCCCUCUCCAAUUUUGUGUUAUGCAAACUUGUGAAACACCAGAAAAUCCAGAUUUUCGGCAGCAGCUUAACCCCUCUGUGCUCCAGUCAUUAUCUAAAAUUGCAGCCUUUGUCAGCAUGUUGGAGCAACUUUGUUUUGGGUCCCAGUGGGGAGGGGGAAAUGGUGUUGCAUCAGACUAUGAUAUUUUUUUUUAUUUUAUUUUACUUUUUUGUUUUUCAUUUGAAUCAAUCUUUACUGUUUAGCUUUUAUUGCUCAUUUGCUGUCUCACUUUUAUAUUCCAGGAAGUUCCCUCUGAAGCAGGGAGUGUCUGCAUAUAAAAUGGUCUGCAGUUCUCUGCUUCGUAGAUGCCUUGUCCUCUUCUCUGACCACGGAAGGGCCUCGCAGUGCUUUUUCCACCUCUUCUAGCACCACCAUGCAUUCCAGCACUUCAUCCAGUGACCAGAACGCAGCUCACAGCAGAAAUGUCGACUCAGAGGACAGCAGGAGUAGCCGAGUGGUACCGGAGAUCGUCGGAGUCGUGGGUGGCAGUGGAAAAAGCAGCAACGGUGACCCUGCCGGAGGACGUGGCACGGCCUCUCAGGAUGGCCAGCCACACCAUCAGCUGACCCCGUCCAAGCGCCGCACCAUCCUCAACAUCUCCCCGCCGCCGCAAGACCUGUUCGACGACAGCCACAUGUCCUGCCAGGAUGCGCCGGCACCCUUGGACUCGGAGCAGAGUAACAGCAUAUGGAUGGAGGAUUCCAUGUCCAACUUCAGCAUCAUGAGUACUUCCUCUUACAACGACAACACGGAGGUGCCACGAAAGGCCCGCAAGCGUACACCUCGACAGAAACCAGGACCUAAGGCGGUGCGCGCAGUGGGUGCCAGCAUGGACGUCUUCGAUGCAGACAGUGCCAAAGCCCCACACUUUGUUCUGUCUCAGCUCGGUCCUGAGAGCAAGACAUCAACUAAAGCAAGCUCUGAUGAUUCUCAGACGACUAAUCAGAAAGGAGGGACCCUUACGAUGCAGUUCCCAUCGAAAUGUGAGGGAAAGGAGCUUAAAAUCCUCGUCCAGCCAGAGACUCAGCAUCGGGCCCGCUACCUGACCGAAGGAAGCCGAGGUUCUGUGAAAGACCGCACUCAGCAAGGGUUUCCCACUGUGAAGCUGGAGGGUGUGAGUGAGCCUGUGGUUCUUAAGGUUUUUGUCGGGAAUGACGCCGGGCGCGUAAAGCCACAUGGAUUUUACCAAGCUUGCAGAGUUACUGGUCGCAACACCACUGCAUGCAAAGAGGUUGAUAUUGAUGGCACAACUGUGAUUGAAGUGACCAUUGACCCAAGUACCAACAUGACACUGGCGGUCGACUGUGUUGGGAUUUUAAAGCUCCGUAAUGCUGAUGUCGAGGCCCGUAUCGGUGUGGCAGGGUCAAAGAAGAAGAGCACGCGCGCUCGCUUGGUGUUUCGGGUCAACAUCCCACGCUCAGACGGAUCAGUGCUCACUCUGCAGACGCCCUCAUCUCCUAUUCUCUGCACCCAGCCUGCAGGGCUGCCAGAGAUAUUGAAGAAGUCACUGCAUACUGGUUCAGUAAGGGGCGGAGAGGAAGUUUUUAUCAUUGGGAAAAACUUUCUCAAAGACACCAAAGUCAUAUUUCAAGAAAAUGUUUCAGAUGAGAAGUCGUGGAAGUCAGAGGCAGAAAUUGACAUGGAGCUUUUCCACCAGAAUCACCUGAUUGUGAAGGUCCCCACAUAUCAGAACCUGGCCAUCUCCUCUCCUGUUUGUGUGGGGAUCUACGUGGUGACAAACGCUGGCAGGUCCCAUGAUGUUCAGCCAUUCACCUAUACUCCAGAUCCAGACAAUCUUGCAGUACAAAAUGAAAUUCCUGUAAAGAAAGAGAUGCCAUCACCAGUGAAGACCUGUUCUUAUGAUGAGCAACUCAAAGCUGUAGACGGUGCCUUGAUGCCUUCAAUGUUGCCUUUAGUGAAGAGAGAAGAUGUCACCCCAAUGGAAGUGACAAACAACCUUCAGGCCUCUGGAGUAUUUAAGAACGGUGACCUUCGCGCACCCCAGCCAACCCAAGAUGUAGCAACAGCACAUCUAAAUAAAAGCUUAGUUUUCAGCAAUGGCUUACCUCAGACUGCAGGCGAUCCAGAUGAAACCCAGGCUGCUGCUUUUACCAAUGUCGAUUCGUUAAGCACCAUCCAAAAGCAGGAUAUUGCUCCAAGCAGCCCAUUCCCUUUGCCUGCAGAGUCUCUUCUCCCACAAGGCUCCCAGCAGUUCCUUUUAGAGUCCAGAGAUGGUCUGAUGCGAGAGAGGUCCGGCAGCGCUUCUGGAGGAGUGGGCAGGUUGUGUGUUGAACCGGCACCCCCGCCGCCGCAGCCACAGCUGCAGCUCUUCCCUGCAGAUGAAGUGGCUCAGCUGGAGGAAGCUGUGAGACAACUUAAAGCUAAGGGAUACUGUAACUUACCAAUUCAGGCUGACAACUCGAUAACCAAGCAGCAGCAGCAACAAAUGCAACACCAGCAACAGAUCCAAAAUCAGCAGAUUCAGCAGCAACAAAUUCAACAGCAGCAACAGCACAUCCAGCACCAGCAACAGAUCCAAACUCAACAGAUUCAGCAGCAACAACAUCAGCAAAUCCAACAGCAGCAGCAGCAGCAACAGCAGCAGGUUUUGGAGAACUUGCAGCAACAACUGUUCCAGUCUCAGAUCCAGAUGCAGUGUGGCAUGUUUCAGGAUGCUGCCCAGGCCGAGAACGCAGACCUUCAAGGUUCCCCACCAGGAGUGGUGACCAACCAGACUUCACUUUACCCACCGGAUCAGCAGCAGCAGCAGACUCAGCAGCAGCAGGCUGCCCUUUUUCAGCAGGCGAACGACCUUUGUUCCAUGCAGACCGGCUUCCUCCAGCAGACCCCCACCCAUCCUUCACCAACCAUGUUCCACAAUCCCAGUCCUCUGGCUGAGACCCAGGAUCCACAGGCAUCAAUGUAUCAGAAGGCUUCCCAGGAGCAAGUCCAGGCUGCGCUGUUCCAGAGCACCAUGACAGUGCUGCAGUCUCAGGAGCAACAGCAAUCCCCCACUGGGCUUUUCCUUCCCCAAACACCCCUGUCCACCCAGCUUACAACCGGUGGUUCUCAGCAGCAGCAGCAGCAACAACAACAGCAGCAGCAGCAACAGCAGCAGCUGGCCUUCCUUAAUGCUCUACAAUCCUCCUCUCCUGAACCGCAGUCAGUAUUUCAGACCCAGGCCCAGAUAUCCCCCAUGCAGCAGAGAAGCCCCAUGGAGCAGCAGCAGUCGUCACAGCCUCCGCCGCUCACACAGCCGCCCCAGCAGCCAGCCAUGUUUCAGAGCAUCUCCCCCCAUUCCUCUCCAAACACACUCUCUCCAGGCCAGCAGCAACAACAGCAAGCAGGCUUAAUGUUCUGUAACAACAACCUGUCCACACAGCCACAGGCCCCUAACCUCAUUUUUACCAGUCCAGGCCAAAUGCCUCCUCUCACCACCAGCAGUCUAGUUUCCCAGGAGUCCCAAAGCCCGUCUCAGCUGUUUUCCCAAGACAGCAUGGUGGGUGUCAAUCAGCAGAACCAGCCUGAGCCCAUGGCCUUAGGGAAUCCCACCAAUUCACCACAGCAAGUCAUGUUCCAGGAGCAGCAGCCAAUGCAGUUAGGCAGCACCCCCAACAAUCAGCAUGAGCAGCCAGUGAGUCUCUUCAUCCCGCCAUCCAAUAUGCCUCCCAUGCAAGGGGGGAUGGCUGUUCCCGAGCUCACUCAGUCAGCCAUGUUUGCCUCCCAGAACGGCGUGGCCAACCUUCCGACCACCACCUCCUCUCCCGUCCAGCAGCCAGGAAGCUUGUUCCAGCACGCUGUGAGCGGGAGCAUCAGUCAACCCAGCCAGCCUCAGCAGCCGGGCCUUUUCAUCUUCGGGAUGCAGAAUGGAUGUGGCCAGCUGAUGAACAGCCCUGGAAACACAGUUUCAGAUCAGAUCAUAGCAAUCAGCCAGUCGGGGCAGAACCAGCAGGAGAGCGAGGCUCGCAUCCAGUCCCUGCUCAGCCAGUCUCUGUCCCAGCCUGGGACAAACGCACAGGGCAGCAUGGAGGUCUCUCAAAACAUGGAGAAGAUCAAUGACCUGCUAGUCAGCCUGCAUGAAUCAGGCGGCACCCUCACGCGUUCAUUCUAAAUGUCACAGAAGCUCAUGGGCUUGUUUUAUUUUUUUGCCGAAGAAAUCUGGAAAUUGUUAAACAACGAAGAAAAGGUUCAAGUGUCAAUGUGUGAUUACUGCAUGCAGGCCUGCUCCUGCACCGCAGAGGACGUAUUCAAACAGCUGCUGGCCUUUACUCAGCUGGUCUCUUCGGACAAAAAUAUUAACGACCAAUCUACAUGACAGUGACUUCAAAGACAAACUGGAUCAUUUCUUUUAUAUGCAGACACAUAGACCAGGAUUUAGGAAUGGGUUGACGGUGACCAAGUUAACAUCUCUUCAUAUCUCUCACAAACUGGCUAACUCACUUUUACUGAAACUUGUGUAAGUAGUGACUAACUCCUGAAGAGUCUGAAAAGAGAAGUGGUUCUCAAAUCUUUUUCUUUCACUUUUUCUCUGAGAAGACUGUCAACUUGUCAGGCCCUUAUAAUCAGAGAACUUGUUCUUAAAUGUAAAUAGGUAGAAUGUGAUGUUAUCUGUAGCAUGCUCCAGUUUUGUUUUUCUGUGUCUUGUAAAAUGUCUCCUAAAGAGUUAGAAGUUUCUGUGAAUAUAUUUCCUUUAAUGUGUUUUUUUUCUACUUCUUAUUCUUGCCAUUAUAUUAUACAUUAUGUUGCAUGAAAGACGGACCGUUUGGUAUAGCAUAUAGGGCUUAGACAUUGUGUGGCAUGUUUGGCCGUUCUAGUAGCUGCUGUUUGACAUGGUGCAGAUAGUUUGCAAAAACAAAAGGUCUAUAGAGGGAGAGAAAUUAAAGAAAUAUGAAGUUCAAGAACUGUCGAAGUGAACAUGGGAGGUUUAAUGUAAUUUGGUUAUUAUUUUGCAGUUUAAAGCAGUGGGCUUGAACCUGUUGAUAGCAAUAAAUUCAAUCUAGAUCUUGAUUUUAUUUAUAAUGCGAUAAAUAAGCUUGUUAGGUGCUACAUAGAUGUAUUCGUUAAUAAAUCUACAUAUAUUAUGUAUUGUAUUUGACUGGGUUCAUGCUAAAGAUUUGUCAAAACAGUGAAGAUGGUUAAACUAAGAGAUUUAUUUGUAAAUAUUAAAUGUUUUAUUUAUUUUAACAUAUUAUCUCUAUCAACAUGUGAGCCGGGAUGCAGACACGUAGUCUGUUAAAAUGUUCUGGUUCAUGUGACCAAUCCGGGUUACAACCUAUGUUAAAAAUCAUUGAUGAUGUUGCUCUUUAAUCACUCCUUUUAUAAAGAGUGCUGCAGACUCAUUUGGAAGGGUGAUUUUUGUAUUUUUUUUUUAUGUCCAUAUAUUGUGUCUUCGUUCCCUAGGUUAAAAACAAGGCAGCAUUUGUGAGGAAAAAUAAAUGAGCAAAAAAAAAAUAAUUAAAAAAUCCCUUAAAUGGUAUUGUAAUGUGUCACAGCCAGUACGUUUGUAGUAAAAUAUAAUUUUUUUUUAUCUCUAUGAUCAUACAGCUGUGCAUCAAAUUACCAGCUACUUUGUUGCUAUUCUUUACCAGAAAUGUUAAUAUAUUAGUUUUUGAAAUUACAUUAAAAUAAAUUGAACAAAUGAAUUCUAUUCAGAUAGUUUUUUUUAUUUUCAGUUAUAUAUUAUCAGAAUAUACAUCUAGAGGAGAGCAUUAACUUAGUGCACCAUUACUUUCAGUUUAAUGGUUGGAAGGUGGGUUUUUUCAGUGUCAUUGUCUGAACUGGAGUAGUAUUCCUAAACCAGCUAGAAAUGAGCCAGUUUUGUAGAAAUGUUGACGUUAGUGAAUGAAAUGUGUCUACAGCUGAACAUCUCGCACAGAUCAUUGUAUUAAAAUUCAGAAAUUGUGCACAUUGAAGCUUUACAGACCUCAUGUUGUUUUGUCAGCUGGUGGUCAGUGACUUCAACACCAAAGUUUGAUCUUUGUGUACAUCCUGAUAAAGUGCCAGUUUUAUGGCUCAUUAAGGUUUUUAUUGUCUUCUUUCUGUUCACUAAUUGUCUCUUUAGCAUUUACCUCCUGACAUUCCAGAAUGCGUUUUGUCCUGAUGCUACACUUUACAGUUUUUGUUUUCCUUUUUUCUAAUAAAGACAAAACAGUU